AUGGCUGACGAGGCAAACCAGCCUCUGCUGGCGGCGCAGUUUGGUUCCGAGAGAGCAUCCAACGACAAGCCCAAGCCAUCGCAUCAAUUAUCAACAGAGUCAUCAAAUCUUUCACCCGAUGAAGAUGACCUGACAGUUUAUAGCAGCGAGCAAAGAUUAUCACGAUCUUCUUCGGGUGGAAUUCAGGGUAAUCAUACAGCUGCUGAAGGCGCUAGCCGACCUCUGCUGGAUGGGCACUCGAGCCCUCCCGAAUGGUCCACCGCGAGAACAUCUAUCGACGAGCCUAGGCCAUCAUACGAAUUGUCAUCAGAAUCAACACCUUUAUUACACCGCCGCGAAGAUGAACUGAUCUACGGGACCGAGCAAGUAUUGUCGCGAUCCCCUUCACUCGCAUCACGGAACCCGCCCGAGGAUGGCACCAUCAAGAAGCGCAGCCGUGUACCAUGGCCAACGGUUAUAUCUCUCGCUAUUUUAACGCUCAGUGUUUUAACGAUACUGGUACUUGCUUUUGCUGCCCCGGCGGCAGUCAAAGAAUAUGCGCAGCAAGCCGCUGUCUUCAAACCGACGGCAGUAUCAAUCGACUCUACAACACCAGACGGCGUUCGAGCCCGGAUUCAAGGCGACUUCGUGAUGGAUUCGGGUCGGGUAAAGAAUAAACCGGUUCGGGGUAUUGGUCGAUUGGCAACAUGGAUUGCCAGGGAAGUUGAGACGGGCCCAUCGAAUGUCGAAGUCUAUCUCCCAGAAUAUGGGAAUGUGCUUGUCGGAAACGCAGCUUUGCCAUCGAUCAAAGUGAACACCCGUAAUGGCCAUCAUACUCAUGUCGACUUCCUCACUGAUCUAGAGGCUGGUGACAUUCGAGGAAUCCACGCGAUAGCUAUUGAUUGGAUUGAGGGAAGAUUGGGCCGCCUUAGUGUUAAGGGGAAAGUGACCAUGCAUCUCAAGUCAGGCUUGAUCGCUUUGGGAACCCAAGUUCUGACAGAUUAUAUUAUCAUUGAAGAACAUGAUUUCCCUGCUCUGCCGAAAAUCAAUAUCCUCAAGAUAAAUGUGCAUGAUGCAAACAGUGGUGCGAUGGCAGUGGAUGUUUUACUCUCGUCUCUGAUUGAUUCUCCCGUCGCUCUCACCGUCCCUGCCCUCGGCUUCGACAUUCUAGUGCCCAACUGUUCACCCGGGGAUCCUUAUAUCCUAGUUGCCAAUGCGAAGUCAAGCGCAGUAGACGUUCACCCUGGCCAGGCAACUGCAGUUGGCGUUGAUGGUCUCAUCCAACAGCUGCCCGAUGAAUUGACCUCUACCUGCCCGGGACGGGAGGGGUCUCCUCUAGAUCUUUUGGUUUCAAGCUUUAUGCAAGGUCUCGAAACGACUAUCUACGUGCGUGGAUCCGAUGCAGUGUCACCCAAUACCCCAGCAUGGAUCGUCGAUCUGCUGCGCAGCGUAACUGUGCCCCUUCCAUUCACGGGACAUGCGUUGGACAACCUCGUGAAGAACUUCACGAUGUCCGAUACACAUUUCUCGCUUCCUAACCCUUUUGCGGAGCCAGAUUCUCCAGAUUCGCACCCCACAGUGUCUGCUCAAGUGAAGGUUCUCAUUGCUUUGCCAGAGGAGAUGAAUUUCCAAGUAGAGGUCCCGCAAGUUCGUGCUCUUGCAGAUGUCUACUACAAGGAAGAGAAGUUUGGGAUGUUGAACAUCAGCCACUGGCAAGACGCCAACUCCACAAUGGUGGAUGAUGAAGAUGGGUCUUCUGCACUCCUUGUUGAGUUUGAAUUAAAGGAUACACCAUUACAGGUCACAGAUGACGGUCUUUUGGCGGAGGUCGUCCAAGCAAUGCUUUUCGGUAGCGAGCCAGUUGUACUGCGGGUUGCCGCCACUGUAGACACAAAGGUCUCAACUGGUUUGGGCCGCUUCGCCCUCCGAGGGAUUCCUGCGGAAGGGAAGGUACCCGUGAAGACUUCCAUCGGCAACUCACUUGACCAAAUCAAACCACGCAUCGUCUCAUUACAGAUAGGAAACACGACUGAAUCUUCGAUGAUGGUGUCUACGCUGGCAAACUUUACCAACCCGACGAAUUACUCGGCCACAGUCCCCUUCGUUGACCUUCUCAUCCUCUACAAUGACACUGCUGUAGCCCACAUCACCGCUCAGAAUAUCUCCGUGGAGCCUGGCAACAACAGUUUCAUUCCCGUCGACUUCUUCUGGUGCCCAUUGGAUGCAGCUGGAGUAGAUGGCGUUGAGGCAGGCCGGGCGUUGCUUUCAUCCUAUAUCUCGGGCUCCAAUACAACAAUCACUAUCAAAAGCCAUCGAAACACAAUUCCAUCUCUACCACGCCUGGGCGAAGCUUUAUCACUCCUCAACAUCACUGUUCCUGUCCCUCGCAUAUCUAUUCCGAGUUCCCCAGGCAGCGAUGAUGAUGACCAAAAGCCUCGUUUUAUCCAAGAUGCAACGUUAUACCUUUGGUCCUCCACAGCAGAAUUCAUUAUUUCCUCACCCCUAACAGACAAUAAUAUCCUAAUCACCUCAAUCGACGCAACAGCUUUCUAUGAGAAAAAUGAGCCAAUUGGCCGAAUCAAUAACCACAAUCCCUUUGAAGUGCCGCCUGGUAUAUCCAAGAGCCCACGCUUGCCAGUCAAUCUCGACAUGGGCGGGGUUGGGUACGACGCCCUGCGCAAGGCACUCGGUCAGUCGCUGGAAAUGGAUGCUAUCGCUAAGGUUGGAGUGCUAAUUGGGAACUACAUGGAUGUCAUUCUCUACCAUGGGAAGGGCAUUGCGGCUAAAGUGAGGAUCUAG